AUGCAUGUCAAGAAACUCGAAGAGGUGAUAUGCCAAAUUGAUUUGGGUUCAUUUUCGUUAGGACAAAAUAAGCGUGGUGAUCUGAAAUUUAUUUUCAAUCAAGCAGCAAAUAUUUUGGGAUUUGGAGGUGAUCGUAAGUUGGAUUUAACAAUCGGUGAAGGUCGAUUUAAUACCAAAGCACAACAGGGAGCCUUGUUUGCCGGAGAAAGGGUUGGUGCUGAUUCAAGUAUUGGUAUUAAUGAAGCUGAAGGAGUCGACCUUCAAAACCUUUUAAAUUUUGGCAACAGUCCUAUUUCAUUCAAUAAUCCUGCUGGUCAGUUGCUUUCAUUUUUGGAAAGGAUCAAGAAAUUCUUCACUACCACUAGUAGUAGACCAUUAGAUGUCAUACCAUCUUCGCAAUAUGAAAAUUCAAAUGUCAGAACAGGAGGUUUCUUCCGUAGUUUUGAAGCAGCAGAACAGCGAAGAAUUUCUGGAAAGGCGAUGAAUUAUACGCAACCUGAAAAUGAUGAUUACGGCGAUUAUUAUCACAAUGCUGAGGUUGAAGAUGAAGCAGAUCAAAGAGAGUUUGAAACAACAAGUGGAUCUUCUGGAAAUAUCAUACUGAAUCGAAAUAUUGGUGGAAUUGAGUUUAAUGCUACUGCCAUUUAAAAUACAUUCUACUUUGUUGUGUUUUCCUAAUGGGUUUAUUUACAUAUUUAUCUAGGC